AUGAAACAACUACAGCAAAUCUGUAAUGAGCUAAAAGAUGAAGAUGAGAUAAAUAUCAUGAAAGAAUAUGGAUACAAUACAAAACGUUGUACAACUCUACUUUCAUUGUUCAGCAUUUGUUGCAUAUGUAUUAUCUUUGUAACGCCAAUUCUAAAGCCAGUCCUUAAUAUUGUUUUACAUACAAAUAAAUCUCAAUCACGUGAACUACUACACUUUAAGAUAAUUCAGGAAUAUUUCAUCGAUCAAGAAAAGUACUGGUUUGUAAUUAUGUUGCACAUGAAUACAUUCAUAUGUAUCGGAGCGAUUACAGUAACAGCGACAGGAACAAUGCUUUUAGGAUAUAUUAUACACACAUGUGGAAUAUUUAAAAUUGCCAGUUAUCGUAUCGAGCAAGCAAUAAUGACUAAAGCAUGUGAAAAGAUUUGCAUAAAAAGUGAGAAAAUGAUAUACAAAGAAAUAAUUCAUGCCGUAGACAUCCAUCGUAAAGCUAUAAAAUACAUUAAUUUUAUUGUGUCCAGUUUUGAAGGAUCCUUUUUAUUAAUAGUAAUUUGUGUAAUUUGUUUAAGUCUCAAUCUUUUUGCAAUAAUUGCUAAAAUGGAAUCAGAUAUGUUACAAGAGAUAUAA